UUUUUAAAUCUUCUGUACAAGGAAUGGCUCAGCUCUGGGGAUGAAGAACUUCUCUAAGCUGAUUGGAAAUGGCAUCGCAGGGCUGAAGCUUCACUGGAGGAAAUAUACCUCCCAACGAGGAAAGUACCAUGUACUGUAAGGCUCUGACUGCUGGUGACAAAGGCAAGUCUAGAGAAAACUUGUCCGCUUGGCUGGGAAGGAUGGGUUGGACAAUCUUCGCCCAUUCCAAAGGGAGUCCGGAUGCCGUGCUGAGCUUCAUCUCUGCAGCGUGCCUGGUGAUUUUCUCCUGAUGCACUGCAUGGUUAGCCUGAGGAGAAGGGUAAAGAAACUGGCUACCAAGAUGGUAAUCACUAGUGGAAAUGAAGAAGAAAAAGCCAACCAAGAAAAGGAAAGCAAGGAGGAAAGCAUCCUGGCAAUGCUGGGAAUUAUCGGGACAAUUCUAAACCUCAUUGUGAUCAUUUUUGUGUACAUCUACACGACAUUGUGAACCGCAGAGGCAAGCCCCUCAAGCCAGCUGACAAGAGGUGACAGCAAACUGUUGUGGGUUAUUGACACGUGGUUGAACGAGAACAGACGCUUUUUGUGUAUUAAGACGUCAUAAAACCGCUGCCCGCAGGCGGUUGAAGGUUGAAGCACAAUUAAUCUAACAAGACUUUUUUCACACAGUUACAAGCAAAACUUCCUCGCCC